AUGCCGACUCCAUCAAAUCUAAAUAUCUCUACAUGUAUCACAUGGCUAUUUUACCUCGUCCCAAUUUAUAUAUUUCUGAUUGCACCGGGUCUGCGUGUGAUUUUCCCAGAGCAGCAAAAAAAGGAUGCGAACUCCGUAUCCGGUCGUUUCGAAUUCGACGAUGAGGCAGACUACGACCAAUUGGUACCAGGACUCAGGAUUGAGGAUGAUAACUUCAUAAGCCCCGAGGAAGACUCGGGCCAGCUCACUUGUCGCGAGGAUGAUUACCGGGUGCAUAUAUUCUCGCAUAAGCCUCUGAUUAUAUACGUGGAGAAUUUCUUUACAGAUGCUGAGGCUGAUCAUCUUGUUACCGUCAGCGAAGAUAAAUGGUCGCCAUCCAUCAUCUCCGACGGAACAACCGAACGAGUCGACCCAUCCAUCCGUCGCUCAGACCGCGCCCUCCUCGACCGUGAUAAUGUAGUCCGAUGCGCCGAAGAACGUGCCCGAGCCUUUCAGGGCUGGCGCCCAUGGCUAUACAUUGAGCGCAUGUGGACGCAACGAUACAAUACCUCUGGUCAUUAUCGGCAUCACUACGACUGGAGGGGAUCGGCGGCGCAUCGGGGCGGCGAUCGCCUGAGCACGUUUAUGGUCUAUCUGGACGCAAAUUGUACAGGCGGAGGGACGAAUUUCCCACGCUUGAGGAUGCCGCGAAAGAGUCAGUGGUGUCAGUUUAUUGACUGUGAUGAUAGUCAGAACGAAGGGACUUCUUAUGAGGGCGUCACGUUCAAACCGAUCAAGGGAAAUGCUAUAUUCUGGGAAAAUCUACGUCCUGAUGGCACGGGAUAUCCGGAGACAUGGCAUGCGGCACUCCCGGUUUUGUCCGGGACAAAGGUUGGACUGAAUAUCUGGAGUUGGUAUCAGCCUCCUGUUCGGGGGGAUAAAAAGUAG